CGGGGGAACCGAGCUCAACCGAACCGGCUGGGCGGGCCUGGGCAUGUCCGAGGAGCUAGGCGCGGGACCCCGGGGCGGGAGGGGGCGGCCGAGGACCUGGCUCCCGCGCUGACCCGGACCCCGGGCCCCUGCCCGGUCCCCGGGCCUCCAGCUGGAGCAGGACCCGCUCAGGACCGGGGACCUGCCCGGUGCCGCUUGGAGCCCCCUUCCCGGAAGAGACUUGAAGGACUUCCUGGGCAGGGCUCCGUUCCCACCCCCUAAUUCUGGGGUGCCGGGGUGGGUGUCCCCUUCUCUUGGGGGUGUCCAGUCUGCUGGCAGCACAGGGUUCGGAUGCUCAGGCCACCCUCGCGCCGAGCCCUGACCUUGGGGCCGUGAAUUAGCCCCUGGGAGAGGCUCGGCGGUGCCCUGCAUCCUCACCUUCCCAGAGCUGGCCAGCUGCCAGUGCCCAGCCGCAUGGUCACUGCCCUUCCUGUUGUUUCCAAGCUCUGAAAGGCCCCUGGCAGCCCCUGUUGGCUGCUGGCUCUGCGCAGGAACUCCAAGCCCACAGGAUGUCUGGCGGCUAGGAAGGUAGCCCUGAGGGCCUCAGAGACCAUCUGCUUGGUGGACGCAGAACCGAGGCCCAGAGCAAGGGGAGGGGUGUGCCAGAAGUGUCCAUAGCACCAUCUUCCUGAGGCCGGGCACAGCCGACUCACGUACCUGAAGACAGGGUGAGCUUGCUCUGGGGUCUCCGCCUGAUGCCAGACAUGCAGCCCAGCCUGUGGGGCCUGCAGGGCCUCAGCACCUGCCAGGCCCCACCAGACACUCCCAGCAGCCUGAGCGGUGGGCAGGACAGGGUGUGCUGGCCCAUUUUCCCCAGAGAUGAAGGACCAGGUGUCAGGAUGGCGAGUGACCUACCCGCAGAGCAGAAGGCAGAAGCUGCCCAGGUACCAGGUGUCCUGCUCUUGGCUGGGGCUCUCGUCACAGCUUGGGCGGCCUCCCUCCCUUGCCAGGUGUCCCACAGGGCUCCAGGCACCAAGGGCACAGGAGCACCCGGGCCCAGUGGGGUGAGAGCUCAUCCUGGACGCCAGGUCCCCUGGGCCCGUCGCGUGCUGGCCCUGGGAGCUCAGGGAGGCAGGGGCUGGGGUGCCCAAUGGCACCCACUGAACACAGCGCUUGGAUGUUUGUGGAGUGAGUGUAUGAAUGUGAGCAGAAUUCAGAGCAGGACUCUAGCCUGUGGCACUUCCGGAAGGUUCUCUGGGGCUAAGGGAGGACCUUGUGGAUGUUUUCAGAGUGUGGAAAGAUCUUUGGUCCAUCCGCCCUUCUGUGUGGGACAUGUACGGUUUCAGUAAGAGUGAAAAGACUGGUGUCUGUCCAUCCAUCCAGCAAAUGCUGACCUUGCAGCCUCUGCUCUGGCUUUCAGGAUGCAGCAGUGAGCAAGGAAUGGUGUGGCCCGCCCCACCACCCUCCCCGGCCCUCCCACCUCACUCCACUGUCUUUUUUUCCAUUGUGUUUACCUUCUGUUACCUACCCUGCUGGAAUUUCCUGUCUUUGUUAUUGUCUCACACCCACCACACUAGAAUGUCACCCUGACAAGACAGGGCUGUUUGUCUCACUCAUGGUGCACCUGAGUACCUGGAAGAGGGCCUGGCUCUAGGCAGGGACCAAGCAAAUAUGUUCCAGCUAGUAAAAACAGACACACUCUAGUGAGAGAGACAAACGAUAAACAAAUAAGCAAGAAACCGUGAGUUGGGAUGCUACAAGCAAGAUGCAACAGAGUGGUGUGGCAAAGCCUGCCUGACAAGGAGAGGCCUUGCUAAGCUGUCUAGGCACGUGUUCCGGGCAAAGGGUCUGUGGAGUCAGUUCGUAUUGAAAAAUGGACGACUUGGAGUCGGACUUCAAUCUGAAAGUUGUCUUGGUGAGUUUCAAGCAGUGUCUCGACGAGAAGGAAGAGGUGCUGCUGGACCACUACCUCGCAGGCUGGAGGGGGCUGGUCAGGUUCCUGAACAGUCUGGGCACCAUCUUCUCGUUUGUCUCCAAGGACGUGGUGACGAAGCUGCAGAUCAUGGAGCGCCUGUGCAGCAGCCCCCAGCGGGAGCACUACAGAAGCCUGCAGUCCAUGGUGGCCUAUGAGGUGGGCAACCAGCUGGUGGACCUGGAGCGGCGCUCGCACCACGCCGACUCAGGCUGCCGGACGGUGCUCCGGCUGCACCGCGCCCUGCGCUGGCUGCAGCUCUUCCUGGAAGGUCUGCGCACCAGCCCCGAGGACGCGCGCACUGCCACGCUCUGCACUGACUCCUACAAUGCCUCGCUGGCUGCCUACCACCCCUGGAUCAUCCGCCGGGCUGUCACUGUGGCUUUCUGCACGCUUCCCACACGCAAGGUCUUCCUGGAGGCCAUGAACGUGGGGUCCCCCGAGCAGGCUGUGGAGAUGCUAGGGGAGGCCCUGCCCUUCAUUGAGCAUGUCUACAACAUCUGCCAGAAGCUCUACGCCGAGCACGCUCUGCUGGACCUGCCCUAGGGCCGGCGGGCCCAGCAGGGCAGGCUUCCCCUCCUCCAGAGCUGGGCUGGGGCAACCAGGGCCCGUGAGUCCCACCACGGACCUUUCUGGGUGCCCCAAGAACGGGAAGACCACUGUCCGCACGAGCCAAGCCUGUUGGGAGCCACGGACCAAGUGUGGCCUGUUCUGGUCAGAGGAGGCAGGCGCUGGCCGUCUGCUCCACGCCCGUCCUCUUGCUCUGCCCAAUGGCAUCUUAGCUUUACCCUCUGCCAGGUGACAUGAGUGUCUAACAGGCCUCACCUGGUGCGUGAAGUGCAGAGAGCAGGAUCAGUGUGUGUGCAAAGGCCAGAGAAGCUGCCCCCACCUGUGAGUCAAGUCUGUGAGAUGGGGUGAGGUCACAGGUCCCUGGAGUACACAGACUCUGUCCUGGUCGCCAGCCGACGACGCUGGUGCAUGUCCUUCCCAGGCCCGGGAUGUGGUGUCUGUGCCUAGGUGGGCUGCCUCAGGCCCCUCCACACCAGGCUGGCUGUCCCCAGGGCAGGGAGAGAAUCCCUGGGCAGCAGUUGGCACUGCAGGCUCCCUCCCUACCCCUCACCUACUUGUUACUAGGGGCACAUGUGUCCUCGGCAGUGACAGUGGGAGCUGAGGCCCUGAGUCAAGGCCUCCCUGCCUUUGUAGCCCUCUACACACGUCAGCUGUCCUCUGCAGCCACGCUGUGGCCCCGAGCUCCUCCAGGCAUCUGCCUGUGAGUCUGCACCGCAUAGGCCCGAAGCCCCCGGGAGCCCAUGACUCCACUGGGCCAAUGCCGACCUCUCCCCCUCCCAGCGUCCAGCUAGGUACUGUGUUCCCCUUCCUGCCCCCUCCCCACAGAGCUCAGGAGACCCAGGAUGACAUGGCACAGGGAGGGGGCCUGGACUCUUUUGCCUAGCUGAGAGGCUGGUGGACAGCCACACCCAGCCCGGCCAUCACUCAGCAUUCAGGGGCUGGCCUCUACCUUUGGCUCUUCACUCUGAGCCCAGGACCUUGGGUGCCACGGAGACAGUGCCCACCGGGCAGCAGUUGUGCUUGAGUGCAAGCUUUCAGGGACCCUUGGGACCUGUACCACUGGCGAUGGCUUUUCCAGCGUAAAUAAAUCACAAGUACAGAGCCAGGGGCUGUGCUUCAGGACGCAGACUGGGUGUGCCGGGCAUCUGCCUACCAAGGCUCGCAGGGUAGUGCCAACCACGGGGCGUGAGGCACACCCA